CUGUUAUCUGAAAGUGGAUAGUCCAUUUGGAAUUGUGAUGUAACACCUUUCUUCUUUAACACCUGAGGCCUCAGAUGGUUAUGGUCCCACCUCUGUUUUGGUUUACCACGUUUUCUAAAAUCUUUCACAAGUGCUAAUGUGCUGAGUUUCUUUACUGAGAUAAUUGGCUGAUUAAUUCGGAAAAACACACAGCCAAACAUGGAGAGUGCCAUUUCAUUACAGGCGUCCGGUGACCAUUGGACCCUGAGUGAGCCGAUAAACACCUGUUCAGUUUCAAGGGUGUAAAAAAGUGUGUGAGGGAAAAGUAGGAGGAGAGAGCCGUGAACCAUCCUCAUAUAAAUCAUUAUACACAUCUGAAGAGCGGCUCACUGUCACGAAGACCUGGGUGCUUUAAACAGACUUAGACACUGUAAAGACCCUGACUGUGCAAAGCCCCGGACACUGUUAAGGCCCAGACAGUGUAAAGACUUCAAGGCUGUUAAGACUUGGACACUGUAAAGACCCAGACAGUGUAAAGACCUGGACGUUGUAAAGACCUUCUAGGUCCGAAGACCUGGACACUACGCAUUCGAACAGACCGGAAACCACCUCAUCCGUCGUCAGGCGACAUUCAGGUUCUUCACUCAUCUGGACAUUUGGAUAUUAAACAGCUGUUGAACUGAGGGUGCUAUGGAUCCCAUCGUGGAGGUAGUGGCUUUGGUACUGGGCUUCGUUGGCUGGGUGAUGGUGGGCAUUGCCCUGCCCAACCGCUACUGGAGGACCUCCACUGUGGACGGGAAUGUCAUCACCACCUCCACCAUCUAUGAGAACCUGUGGAUGUCAUGCGCUACAGAUUCUACAGGCGUCCACAACUGCAGAGAGUUCCCCUCACUCCUUGCUUUAAAUGGUUACAUCCAGGCGUCUCGUGCCUUGAUGAUUAUAUCGAUAGUGUGUGGAACCUUUGGACUGGUGUCAGCCUUGAUAGGAAUCCAGUGCUCCAAAGCUGGUGGGGAAAACUACGUCCUCAAAGGCAGAAUUGCUGGCACUGCUGGAGUCUUCUUCCUGCUUCAAGGAUUGUGCACAAUGAUCGCAGUUUCUUGGUACGCCUUCAACAUCACUCAGGAUUUUUUCAACCCCCUCUACGCUGGGACACGGUACGAAAUUGGUGAGGGUCUCUAUAUCGGCUGGUGUUCUGCUAUUCUGGCCAUCGCUGGGGGAGCCUGUCUCACCUGCUCCUGUAAGAUGGCCACGCAGGAAAAAUACCCUUUGCCUUACCAGAGCCGAGGUACAGCUUAUUCUGGACCUGCACCGACCAGGAGUGUGGCUGCAAGCACUUACGGACGCAAUGCUUACGUCUGAGCCUAGAACAAAUGAGAAACUGUCUUUUGUCCAUUUGGGGCGCCAGUAUUUUUACUGCAUGUUCUUGAGACCAGUGAUGACCAUCAUACGAACACAGAACACCGCAAUAUCACUAAAACAUAAUAAUACUAUGAUUUAAAACAUGUAUAUAGACACGAUAAUAUAUGCCGUAUUGUAUUUUCUGAUGUUUUAUAUAUUACAUUAAAUUGAAACGUGCAAGAAAUACGGCUGCCCUAAGUACAAUUUUCGACAAUUUUCAUGAA